CGCGCCCUCCGCCGCACUUGUCCCACUGCGCGCCCCCUGGAGCGCCGCGCACCCCUGGGACCCUUGCGCGCCCCGGGUGCCCAGCAUAACCUGAGUUCCCCCGCUCAUCCUGGGAUCUCAGGACUUCCCCAGGAGCCCCGCGUACCCCCGGACCCUGACGAGGCUCCGGGACCCCCACGCGCUCUAGGACCCCUGCGCUCUCGCAGAAUUCCGGGGCUCGGCCAACCCGGCUGCGCGCCCUGGUGAGGGGCCCCGCCCCAGAGGAUCCCCCUCUUCCAACAGACGGAGCCCCGCCCCAGAGGGACCCCCAGGUCCGACAGGGACAUCCAGCCACGCCCCAGCGGGCUCCCAGCAUCUCGCGCCUGGAGCCCUGUGCUCCAGAAGAUCCUCGGUGCCCAGCUGGGGGCUCCCCGCCCAGCUGAGGGGGCGCUGCCCAAGAGGGUCCCCGCGUCCGGCGGGCCCCGGCAGGAUGCACGCCGCCCUGGCGGGGCCGCUGCUAGCCGCCCUCCUUGCCACCGCCCGCGCCCGCCCGCAACCCCCGGACGGAGGACAGUGCCGGCCGCCCGGAUCGCAGAGGGACCUGAACUCCUUCCUGUGGACUAUUCGGCGCCAUCCUCCAGCCUACUUGUUUGGCACCAUCCACGUUCCCUAUACCCGAGUCUGGGACUUCAUCCCUGACAAUUCCAAAGCAGCCUUCCAGGCCAGCACUCGUGUCUACUUCGAGCUGGAUCUGACAGAUCCCUACACCAUCUCAGCCCUGGCCAGUUGCCAGCUGCUGCCCCACGGGGAGAACCUGCAGGACGUGCUGCCAAGGGAGCUCUACUGGCGCCUGAAGCGCCACCUGGACUAUGUGAAGCUGAUGAUGCCCUCGUGGAUGACACCAGCACAGCGAGGCAAGGGCUUAUAUGCUGACUACCUGUUCAACGCCAUUGCUGGUAACUGGGAGCGCAAGAGGCCUGUGUGGGUGAUGCUCAUGGUGAACUCCCUCACGGAGACAGAUGUGCGCUCCCGAGGUGUGCCUGUGCUGGACCUCUACCUGGCCCAACAGGCUGAGAAAAUGAAGAAGAGCACGGGAGCUGUGGAGCGGGUGGAGGAGCAGUGUCAUCCUCUCAACGGGCUCAACUUCUCCCAGGUGCUGUUUGCCCUGAACCAGACUCUGCUGCAGCAUGAAAGUGUGCGGGCUGGGAGUCUGCAGGCACCUUACACCACAGAGGACCUCAUCAAACACUACAACUGCGGGGACCUCAAUGCAGUCAUCUUCAACCAUGAUACAUCCCAGCUACCCAACUUCAUCAACACCACCCUCCCACCUCAUGAGCAGGUGACAGCCCAGGAAAUUGACAGCUACUUCCGCCAGGAGCUCAUCUACAAGAGGAAUGAGCGCAUGGGAAAGAGGGUCAUGGCGCUGCUGCAGGAAAACCAGGGCAAGAUCUGCUUCUUCGCCUUUGGAGCAGGUCACUUUCUGGGGAACAACACUGUCAUCGACGUCCUAAGGCAGGCAGGGCUGGAAGUGGAUCACACACCUGCUGGGCAAGCCAUCCACAGUCCUCCUGCUGGGAGCCCAGCUCCCCCUCCUGAGGGCACCUCUCCUGCCAGCCGAGCUCCGGCAACCCCAGCUGCUGCAGUCCCAGAAGCAACCUCAGUGACCCCCACAACCCCUCCUGAGGAGGAGGAUCCAGUCCUGUCCCCACACCUCCUGCUCCCGGACAGCCUAAGCCAGCUGGAGGAGUUCGGAAGGCAGAAGUGGCGCAAGAAACUAAACAAACAUCAGCGGCCAAGGCAGUUCAAUGACCUCUGGGUCCGAAUCGAGGACAGCACUACUAUCUCGCCACCUCCGCUGCCCCUCCAGCCUACCCCCAGCUCUGAAACCACCAAGCCCUUUGUCAAGUCCUCACACCAACUCCAGCAGCAGGACCCUGUGGGGCCUACCAGCAGCUCAGCGCCUUCACUGGGCCUCCUCCCUGCCAUCACUGCCUCUAUUGUGGCCCCCUUCUUACUACACACCUUUGGGCCUUCCUGACCUCAACCACCCUCGCAGAGAAGCCAGAGAAACCACAGGAGUCUGUGGCCAUGUCCACCAUCUGACCCCACCUCAGAGGGUGCUAACACCUCAAGGCAGGUCACAAAGGACAGGGACCUUAGAACAUUAGAGCUUUAUUGUACUCAAGUUACAUCUUCUUUUUUGUAGAAGGUCUUAAUUUCCCAUAGUGCUAUGGGGCUCUUUUGUAAAAUAUGUGUCCAUAUUAAAAAAGAAAAUGUAUUUAUUCUAUUGAUAAAACUAUUUUUAUGUAGCCUAUGUUAUAGUCCCUGAACUAGCCCCAACACCAACCCAGGGAAGGAGCCCAGGUUCUCAUGACCUCUGUGACCUGUGUGGACUGUGACUUGGCUUCUCACACUGUAGACACCUCUGAGGGCAAGAGAAAGGCAGCCCCAGCUUUUGUGAGGCUAGAUUUCAGAGCCAGAGGCAUGGUGGUCAGCCAUCCUCCCAAACCCUGUCCAGUCUCCAGUCCCCAGAGCCACAAUUUAAGGAAGGAAGGAAGGAAGGAAGGAAGGAAGGAAGGAAGGAAGGAAGGAAGGAAGGAAGGAAGGAAAGAACGGAUGAAUGCUGCUAUUUUGAAGUCCCGUGUGUCUGUGGACUGGCCCUCCAGGGUUCCUGGUGGGUUUCUCCAUUAAAGUGGGAGACUGGAGCUGAGGGAGAUGAACCCAGUCCCAUGGUCAGAUGGCUACCCUGAGACCCAAAAAAUGAAUGGGGUUACCCAAGGUCACAGAGCAAGUGGGUGAUCUAUGUUCCAGUGGCACUGGUCCAGCUUCCAGUCAAGAGGGGCUGGUAAAACCACAGCCAGGAAGUGAGCUGGGCAGAGGACAGGAAUGAGCAGGAGUGGGAACAGAACAGCUGUAGGGGUGGUGGAGCAAGGAGCCUCAGUUGUGAUGACAUUGGUAAAGGGAGCCACCUGCCAGAAGCCUGCUGUGUGAUGUGAUGACCUCUAACUCAAUGAUAAGACUGAACCCCCAAAAGAGGGGGAAAGAUCCACCCAAGGUGUAUCCCUCAUACCCGGCGCUGGAUCGGGGUGAUACAAAAACUAACCUUGUUCUAUGAACUGUGUUCUACUCCUGUUCUUUCUGACAGGAGAAGCUCGAGGGGAGGCAGAUUUCCCAAACUGGAACCCUCCCGGGCUUCCUAUGCCAAGCAAGGAGGCCAUUUCACCAGUUCCCUCUACUGGCUUCCAUAGCCAGGGUCCUCUGGCAGGAUGACAAGCCAGCAUGGGAAGGCAGGGAGUUGGGACACAGAGCCCUUCUGUCCCCCAGGGGCUGACUGAGGACCCAGUGAGCAAAAGUCCUGAGUUCAAAGCUAGACUUGUGGCUAAUUAUUUAAUGAGUCCUAGAUCCUGAGAGCAAAAAAGAGCCCUCACCUGUCAACAAGAGAAAGAAUAAUGCUAAGGUCCAGAAAGAGAAAAGGCAUCUCGAAGGUGCUCCAGCUGGGACAGGCCUGUUGACUCCAGUUCUGUUCUCUCAACUCACUGCACAUGGGUUUCCCUGGCAGGCUUGAUGGCGCCUGGUUGGCUACAGCACCAGUAUGCUUAGGUUGGCAGACAUCUCCCUUCUGAGAUGGCAGGAUUCUGGGCAACUCAUUGCAUAGUCAGGGGUCCCACAGGCAUCCUGGCAGACAGCAGGAUUCUUUCCAGCUCUGCUCCAGUGGACAGGUUUAAGCCUGAGACCUGACAAGACUCUGGAACUCUGCUUCACAGGGUCCCGCCAGUCCCAUGGGCACCAUACUGUAAACUGAACUUGACCUCAACCAGGACUGGAGUCAGUUUAUCCUUGGCAAAAAAAAUGUGACUUCCUAUUGCUGAGCGGGAAGGGGCUUAGCUGACUUUUAAAGCAGGCUCAGAAGUUAGACAUCAAACGGAUCGUGCAGAGCGCUAUUGGGAUGAGAUAAGUGUAAAGGAAUUGGAAACACACAGGCCAGAUUCCCCUGUUUGGGGCAGAGUAUGGCAUGAGAUGUAUGGAGAUCAAGCUUGAGGUUAAUUAAAGAUGAAGCAUUUGGGGAAACAGUCCAAGCACCUGACCGUGUGCCCAGACCUGUGCCAGGCGUGGGGCCAAAGUGGUGAAUUAAUAUAGCAUGUAAUCACUGUGCAAGCACAGUGCCAGGGUUACACACAUGGGCUGAAUUGUACCCACCCUUCUAGGCCCAGAAGAGUUCACCUUCAACAUGGGACAAGUAGGGCUAUCCUGGGCUACUACUUUCCCAGCCCCAACAUCAGGCCGCUUAACUUUCCAAAUCCCUUCUUAAGGAAGAUUGGAAGGGAAGAAAGUGUUCCAAACUCUCUUCCUCUGCCACAUUUUAAAGUUUUUAAAGAUGAUGUACCCUGCUUAGCAGCACAUGUCCGUAAUGACUGUACUUGGGAGUCUAAGGCAAGAGCAUCAUAAGUUUGUGGUCCAGACUGGGAUGCAUAGUGAUUUCCAAAACAGCUUGAGCUUCAUAACCAGACGCUAUAUGAAAAAUGAAAGGGAGGGAGGGAGGGAAGGAGGAAGGAAGGAAGGGCAGGCUAGGCCAAUAAUCAACAAAAUUCAAGGUUGGUAUGACUUAGAGAAAAAGAGCCAUUGUUGGUCAGGCAUCUAGGGCCGAAGUUUCCUGGCCCCUGUAGAUCUCUACCAAGCCAGGGUUUAAGCAAGUAGAAAACUCGACUUGCUGGUCUACAUCCUAGGAGACCUUGAGCACAAAACCAGAAUGUAUGGCUAGGCCACUUUCCUUCCUGCUCUGGAAACAGACCCAGGAGUCCAUCAGCAGUUUCUCAGACUUCAUGUUCUUGCUAGCUAGACUCAUAAAACACAGAGCCCAGUUCCCUUGAGAUUCCCAUGAGUAAUUUUAGGACUUUUGUUUUGACUUUGAGGCAGACAGAAAGAUGGAAGGCCUGAGGUCCAGCAGAUUAAGUGACCAGCACUUAACUGGGGCAAAAGAAUCAAGGAGGUGCAGGUGCCAAUCUCAGGGGACAAAGAUCCAGAGUCUGCAAUGUGUGGACUUGAGGUCGACUCGAAACACUCACCUUACACUGAAAGACCCAAGCACAUCCUCCUCACUGGAGUGUGGUCACCUGCUACCCACUUUAUCCCACCAGAGGCCAGAGCCCAGAGCCCCUAUCACAAUAGAUCCCAGAGAAGAGAACUGCUAGUUGUAGCUUUGAUGACACCCUAAGUGGCAAAAUAAACAGGCUUGGGGUAGUAAUAACCAUGAGAUAAACACCAGGCCCUCUACUUGGCAUUUAAGACCCUCCAUGACCUCACUCAGCUGACCUUGCUGGCCAUGUCUCAUCCCUCCCACCUCAACCUGACAGAUGGAAUCAUGCCUGUUACUUCUAGACUAGACAUGGUAUAUUAUACAUGUUGCUCCCCAGGGGAAGCUCUCUUCCCUUCCCCUAGCCAUUUAUCCUGUGAGGAGAAACCUAGUGGCUUGUUUCCCAGAUGUCUCCAUGGAGCCCUUUGAACAUUCCCAGUACCACACCCACAUUCCAGAGUUAGGGCUGUUUGGAUAUGAAUUUGCUCCCUGUUGGGAAUACAAGCAAAACGACGAGGUGGGUCACGUGUUGAAGGGUUAUGACCUUCAACCUUAUAGGGAUACUCUGUAGAGAGAGACAAGGGAAGAAAGGAAGCAGAACAGAGGAAGAAGAGGUUGGAGCUAGGAAAGGCAAAAGAUGGCCUUGGCUUUCUAUUUGAGACGACUUCCACAUCGCCAACUGGUAAAGACUAGCACCUGAGGGUAGAACUUUCCGGGUGUAGGUAGACACAUAGCAUGCAAGGCCCCAAUGUCCACUGGCUAAAGAUGUGGUAGCCAGCUGGGAAUCUUGGCAAAGGAUUGGUGUAAAUGCCAUGAAUGUGCCCCUGACUUUGUAAGGUUUGGGUUCUUUAAACAUUGUUAUUUUUCCAAAAAUUCAUCUAGGCGGCCAAAAAUAUCACCCUGGCUGGCCGUCUAAGCCUGCAGAUUCAGUACUCAGUCAAGCCUCCCUACACCCCUCCCCCAUUCCUACACAGCCCAACCAGGCUUGCCAUGAGCUGGCAGAAAUUCCUGCUGCCCUUGGGCAAGGCACCUUUUGGGGAGGAGAUGGCUGGACUGAAACCCUGCCCAUGUCUCCAGCUCAGAUCCACUUCUCUGUCUGUGCACAACCUUGGGGAAGGGAAGUCAGGGCUUAUAAAGACCCUUGGGACCCUUCCUGGCUCUUUCCAGGGAAUGUCAGCUCCUCACCCCUGUCUCCAAAUACAGACUAGGAUCUUCCCCUCUAGAGGCCUUUGCUUGCUGCUUUGGGAAGCCCCAGAAGUUCUUUGAGCUUCCGUUUUUCCAUGGGCCAUAGGGAGAGUUUCCUAAGGCCAAGAGGGGAAAUCUGUGUAUCAUAUAGGCACCACAGGCCACCAUGAUGGGAGCAUGUGACAGAUAAGAAAGCAUAACUUAAGACGCCCUCCAUCCUAAAACCUGCCUUGGGGAAUGUGGUUUUGAAUAGGACCCAAGCCUAAGGUGCCUAGGGUGAGACUAGGGUCUCUGUGGCUGCCAGGCAGAGGUGGGUGUGGCUCACGGCUGAAGAAGGGGUUGGUUGGUCUUAGCUUUUGCCCAGUUCUAAGUCUCAGAUUCCUUGGCUACCCCACUGUGCCUCAUUGUACCAAGCUGGCUUCCGCUCUCACCAUGUUUGUGGUGUUUUUUAUCACCUCUUCCGUCACGCCCCCCCCCCGCCCCAUGAAUUGUCAUGAAGAGUUCUUUAAGAGUAUAAUAGAAGACAAAGAAAGAUGCUAUUAAUGUUAUUUUGCCAAAAAUAUUUUUGUAGCAUAAUAUAUUAAUAAAAGAUAUUAUGAACUUGA